GAAGCAGUUUCAAUCACCGAAAUGCUUAGCUAAGGCCCAGCAGCCAUCACAGAGCCAUUGCCUUGGUUGAAGAGGAAUUCAACAUCACGUGACAUUUCCCUUCGCGCGAAUUGAUCAGACCAUUCGAGCUACCCGCCAAAGAUCUCAGCAUCGUCAAACAACCCUCCGAUUACGAACUCUCGGCUCAAUCGACUACCACAACCCUCUCCGCACUACACAUCACAAUGGCCGGCGCUACUGCUGUUAAGCCCAUCACGGGCAUGCUGCGACGCAACCUCGUUCUCGACCUUGGUAUCGCCCUCGGUCUCGGUUUCGCCAUGGCCAACGUCUACUGGUACGGCUUCCACAUGCCGCGCACAAACGCCCGCGACAGCUACUACGCCAAGCUCGAGCAGCAGAAGGCCGAGGCCCGCAAGGCAUAAGCGACAAUCAAAUAGCCGAGACGAAGCGGGAACGGAGCGAAUUGAGAUGGUCUGUUAGAUUGGGCGGAGGAAGCACGAGAGGGCAUUUGCAGUCAUAGACAAGAUACGGGCUUCAUCAGUUGAUCAUCCAACCCCGAUUGUACCAUACACUUCAGCAAUUGAAGCAAGAGCCUCUUUAUGUGA